AUGUCUGAGGGCCUUCACCUUGCGAACCUGACGGAGCAGCUGGAGAAGAUAAAGAAAGUGGUGCAAACAUGUAAAGAGGUGGAUGAACGUGUCAAGCAGUUGUGCCUUCCAACGGAGGCUGAUGCAGCUGCCUCUCCUGGCGCGGGCUGCAGCAACCGGGUGCCCACUGAAGGGCUGGUUGGGUAUUUGGCUGGCUCUUUUGCAGAGGGCCAAUGGAAGGACGAGUACCUCGGGGUGAACGCCACUGUAACGAGUGGAGAACUGGCAAGCACAGAGGGGACUGACAAUGGGGGCGUGAGGUUCAAAGGGCGUGGCUCAUGGGCGGAGUGGCCGGUGAGCAAACAGGGGGAGAAUCAGCCGUACUACUUUGCGAACAACGGGUUCACUCUUAUGGCGACGGUGACCAUU